GACUCCAAUCCGUCACCUUCCAUGUCAUAACUCUGCCCUAACCUAAGAAAUUGGAACGUGUUUGGAAAAUCGUAAAUAUAUUAACUACAGGCUGUGUAGUUACAUAAAACAAUGCCGAAAGUAAGUUCUGUAGGUGGGGCCCCUCGGAAGCAGGGCUUCAACCGCUCAGGGCACUCAAUGAACCCUGAAAGGUCCGCGGAGGGUCUCAAAGGUGUAGCAAAGCCCCGUAGUAAAGGCACAAUCAAGCGGCUGCAGAUGUACAGGAAUUUCAAAGCGAAACGAGACAGACUGGGAAACAUCUUGACUCCAGCCCCAUUUCAAGGAUGGCUGCCAGCGGGGACUCAAGCCAGAGUCGAGCCCAAUCAGAAGUGGUUCGGAAACAGCCGAGUCAUAUCGCAGAAUGCAUUGCAGAAAUUCCAGACUGAGCUGGGGGCAGUCAUUCGCAACCCGUACCAGAUGAUCAUGAAGCCAACAACACUGCCAAUAACUCUGCUAAAUGAAAAAGCAAAAAACGCUCGCGUUCAUUUGCUGGAUACCGAGAGUUUUGAUAGUGUUUUUGGGCCGAAAAAGAGCAGGAAGAGGCCGAACAUUGCAGUAAGGAGCCUGGAUGAGCUCACUGAACUGGUCCAGAAAAAAGAAUCGGAAUAUGAUGACGCGAAGGACUCAAAUAUCGUUCGUGACAAUGAGGGAGUCACGGACCUAGUCAGAGACUGGGUAAUGGGGGCUGGACAGUCCAGGAGAAUCUGGAACGAACUGUUCAAAGUUAUCGACAGUUCCGAUGUUUUGCUCCAAACUCUGGACGCCCGCGAUCCCAUGGGGACCAGGUCGCCCUACUUGGAAAAAUACCUGAGGACUGAAAAGCCCCACAAGCACCUACUUUUCAUUUUAAACAAAGUGGACUUGGUGCCAACGUGGGUUACGCAACGAUGGGUGGCAAUUUUAAGCAAGGAGUAUCCCACUGUGGCCUUCCACGCUAGUAUGACCCAUCCUUUCGGUAAAGGGUCUUUGAUCAACCUUCUUAGGCAAUUUGCCAAGCUUCAUAUUGCCAACAAGCAAAUAUCUGUGGGAUUUAUUGGGUACCCCAACGUGGGCAAGUCGUCUAUUAUCAACACGCUGAGGAACAAGAAGGUGUGUAAAGUGGCCCCGAUCGCUGGCGAAACCAAAGUUUGGCAAUACAUCACCUUGAUGAAGAGAAUAUAUCUGAUCGAUUGCCCAGGGGUGGUUUACCCAUCGGCGGAAACCGACACUGAAAAGGUGCUGAAAGGCGUGGUGCGUGUUGAACUGGUAAACAACCCUGAAGACUACAUAGAGGCAGUGCUGGAAAGGGUCAAAAAAGACUAUCUGGUGAAGACCUAUAAAGUGGAUAACUGGAAGGACCCGAUGGAUUUUCUGGACAAAAUGGCCCGACGUUCUGGCAAGUUGCUGAAAGGAGGAGAACCCGAUAUUCCCAGUGUGGCAAAGAUGAUCCUAAACGACUGGCAGAGAGGGAAAUUGCCGUUCUUCGUGUGCCCGCCUGGAUAUGAGACUGGUCUGCCCAAGGAACCAGAAGUGGAAAAUGAAAAGAACAUAAACGUCGUGCAAGAUUUUAGAAAAAUCCGCGUAGGCCUGACCUAUGAGGGGGACGACGUGAAGGAGCUGGACCCCAUAGAGGAUGUGGAUAAAGCCGUCGAAGAAUACAAAGAAGGCGACAGUAUCGCAACAGAAGACAUCUCGCAAAGCGUCGAUGACCCCGCAAUUUCAGACAGUAACGGUGAUAACACGAUGAAUACAAACGACGACGAUAUUCACUCGGACAGUUCAUCAGAGAUCAGCUUCUAUUCGGACAUGGAUCCUACGGAGGACAUGUUGGCGGCCUCAGCCAGUGGCGACUUUCAUGUGGAAGACGUCUCAAAACCGCAAAAGAAGCUAACCAGCAAGCAGAAGCGCGCUUUGGAGCGGGCGCAGAAACGCAAGAAAAUCGGCAGCAACUUCUACGAGGUCAGCAAUGUUAAAAACCGAAACAGAAACAAGAAAAGGGGGGUCAUUAAACAAAAGUAAAACCCAUCAAGUGGCAAUUGGACCCAAUAAAACCAUCGGCGUGUGGGUUACAUGCCUCAAUAAAUAUAUUUUGUAUA